CCCUAAUGCUAUGAGCCCUGCACGCGAGCCGCAACCCAAGAUAAGAUCGAAUCCCAUCAGGAAAAUCUUGGUGUGAUCGAGUCCGUGGGCGCAGGGGUAUCCGAAUUGCGUGUGGGACAGCGGGUGUUGCCGCUUGGGAGUGCAGGCGCAUGGCAGGACAUGAAGGUUACUGAAGAACGCUGGUGCUUCCCCGUGCCACCGGACAUCACCGAUCAGCAAGCGGCGAUGGCAUAUAUCAAUCCACUGACAGCUUGGAUGAUGGUACGACAAUACGUGCCCAGUCCACCCGCAGUGGUGGCAGUCAACGCAGCCGCGUCCGCUAUCGGGCAGAUGAUUAUUCGCCUGCUUAAUCGCGCCGGUAUACGGCCGAUAACCCUGAUUCGACGGCCUGACGGCGCAGGUAAACUCUCAGAUCAGCUCGACCUGUCGGCUGUGGUCUGCACAUCUGAAGUCGGAUUACGGCGCAAGCUGAGUGAAUUGAAUGAUGGACGUGGCUUGGCAGUCGCAUGGGAUGCAGUUGGCGGCACCGAGGGAGAUGAUCUUGUACGCAGUCUUGCUCCAGGCGGAACACUUGUUCAUUAUGGACUCCUCUCCGGUAUACCCUUGUCGUACCGUUUGCAUGAAGAGUGCCCGGAGGCGCGAAUUGUGCUGUUUCGGCUCAGAGACUGGAUCCAUACGGCCGAACGCCAUGAGCUGCAGCGUGCGCUGGACGAUAUGUUCGAGCUCGUUCGGGAUGGCACUGCGGCGUCAAAGGUGGCAGCUGUGUUCCCACUUUCGGAUAUCCGGCAGGCGCUGGAGUGCGAGGCCACUCCGGGCCGACAGGGAAAAGUGCUGUUAUCUAUGUGUAAUAGUAUGGAGGCCACUCACUUCGACUGA